UUGGUUGAUGACAUUUUCAGUUCCUUUUUUUCCUCUCUAUUUUUUUUAAAUUCAUGUCCAAGGCUGGAUAAUUGUCCUUGGGCCGUUGAGAUGACUUUUUCAGGCAAGGAGAGAAAGGGGUGGGGGGGGGGGGGCUCCCGGGUGUUUUACUGUGUUAAGACUGAGUGACGGAGAGAGAGGAGGAGGAGAAAGAAGACAGGUGGAGAGAGAGAGAGAGAAGCAGAGAGGAUGAAAUAUUUGUGAUACAAUUACACAUUUGCUAGGGAGGUGACAGAAGAUCGAACCUCGAUCUCCACGUCACUGCUCUCUUCAAGCCAGGCCUUGAGAGCUGUUUUUUAUUUCUCUGCAAACUUUUCUCCACCGACGAUGCAGCAGCUGUGGCUCUCCCUGCUGUCCGGCCUCUGCCUCCACCUGGUUCUCCUCUGCAGCGCCGAGGAAGGUCUGGAGUUCCCCAAUUUCGACGGCAGGGACAGGGUGCUGGACGUCAGCGAGCGCAACUACAAGAAGGCCCUGAAGAGGUACGACCUGCUGUGCCUGUUCUACCAUGAGCCGGUGCCGGACAGCAAGGGCCUGCAGAAACGCUUCCAGAUGACGGAGCUGGUGCUGGAGCUCACCGCUCAGGUCCUGGAGGACAGAGACAUCGGUUUUGGGAUGGUGGAUUCCCAGAAGGAUGCCAAAGUAGCCAAAAAACUGGGUCUGGAGGAGGUGGGCAGCUUGUACGUCUUCAAGGACGACCGGGUCAUCGAGUUCGACGGGGAGCUGUCGGCCGACACGCUCGUGGAGUUCCUGCUGGACGUGCUGGAGGACCCGGUGGAGAUGCUCAACAACGCCAUGGAGCUGCGAGCCUUCGAGAGGAUGGAGGAGGACAUCCGCCUCAUUGGCUACUUCAAGGGAGAAGAUUCGUACUACAAAGCUUUUCAGGAGGCAUGGCAUUUUCAACCUUACAUCAAGUUCUUUGCUACAUUUGAUAAAUCUGUAGCCAAACAUCUCUCCCUCAAGAUGAACGAGGUGGAUUUCUACGAGCCGUUCAUGGAGGAGCCGGUCGUCCUGCCGGGCCGACCUCUGUCGGAGAUGGACAUCGUGGAGUUCGUCAACCAACACCGAAGGGCGACUUUGAGGAAGCUGCGGGCGGAGAACAUGUUUGAAACCUGGGAGGACGACAUGGACGGAAUACACAUUGUGGCGUUCGCCGAGGAGGAAGAUCCAGAUGGCUACGAGUUCCUGGAGAUCCUGAAAGACGUGGCGAGAGACAACACCAACAACCCGGAGCUCAGCAUCAUCUGGAUCGACCCCGACGACUUCCCUCUGCUGACAACUUACUGGGAGAAAACCUUCAAGCUGGACCUGUUCCGACCCCAGAUCGGCGUGGUGAACGUCACCGAUGCGGACAGCGUGUGGCUGGACAUGUCCAACGACGAGGACCUGCCCACCCCCGAGGAGCUGGAGGACUGGAUAGAGGACGUCCUGUCGGGGAGGGUGAACACGGAGGACGACGACGACGAGUCCGACGCCGACGACCACCGGGGAAACCCCGACGGCUACGAGCCGGAGGACGGCCACGAGAGCCACGGCCCGGAGGACGAAGACGACGACUGAGCUGGAGGUCACGGGGUCAACCUGGGUCAGAAAGAACUGGACUCGUUUGGCCCAUUAGAACCACAUUAAUUACACAUUUCUUUCAAAAUCGUUCAAUUUAAGUAAAAAUGAAAGACAACAUAUGGUCCCCCCCAAAAAAUUAACUGUCGACGUGGUUUAAAUAGUUGCUGCUCUUGAAUAUAUUGUUUUGCUUAGAAAGGUUCAGAGUGGAAAAACACACCGGGUGGUAUUUGUGGAAUCCUCUUAAUGCUAAUGAAAGGUGCUUCAAUGCCUCCUUUCCUAUCUCCUUUAGCACAAGGCCGCAGGAAGUUACUGGGAGAAAUCCUUCACAAAGAAAAAUGAAUUAAUGCCGUCCCACAAUUCCUUGCGGCGGCGCCACAUCAAUAACGUCCGCCAUCUAAUAUACGCGUCUGUAAGCGCCGUCCUUCCCGAAGUCAUUGAGGUCAAGGAAAAGAGAGGAGGAAAGGACAUAGGACCCUAAAAAGGACGUGUGAAGCCAAAGAGGAGCUAGGAGUCCCACAAUACUUAUAUCGCAUUACUCAUAUGUUGAUAUAAACAUUAGAAGCAAAGCAGCUUUAAGAUUGACGGAAAAAUUAAGUUGUUAUUUUAGGUUUAAAACUUGAAUUGUUUCUCAGACGUAAUAAAAGUACACAACAGCGA